UAUCGAUGUUUGUCCACGUAUGCGUUACGAGAAGUAUGAUCCUUUCAUAUUACCUGAGCAAUGUGAUCAAGUCUGUUAUAUUCCUUACCCGAGAUUGCGAAGAAGUGAUGAAGAAUGGUGGGCAUCGACAAAAGUUGUUCCGAGAGGGUUUCGUGAAACUACGGAAAUUGUUGAUCAAAUUGCAUUGCAAGACGACAUACAUAAUCAUUUCGUAGCACCUAGUGGGAUUAUACGGGUUGAAGCACAUGCACUUGAAGAUGCUUCAGAUGACGAGCCUAUACCAAUGGAUAAUCCAAAUGACGAUCACCACCACGGUUUUUCACCGUCGUCGCCGGUUCAUCAGCUCACUCUACGAGUUCUCCAUCUCACCGGCGUUUCCACAACGAUGAAUCUUCGUGGCCCUUCUUCAUCACGAGGAACUAACAUGCACUUUCGAGCCUCACAAGGAGUGCCUAUGCCUCCUGGAGCAACAAGGUCUACUAAUUCUACUGCUGCUCGACAUCCUUUGCCCAGCUUAGCUGCGGUGAUGAGUGCUCCUGAGAGACGAAACAUGCCUCAUCUCCAUCCACAGAGACUUAAUGGAGCUUUGUGGUUUGACAUCCAUGUUUGCAUCACUAAAGACAUAGUUGCAACAUAUCAAUCUGACUUUUGGGGACCAUGGUGGAAUUUUGGUAUGGUCCCAUUGAGUAAGAAGGAUUCAUGGUGGACUAGUUUUGUGCAAAAAUACUAUUGGAGUAGUGAGCAUCAUGAUCAGGUUCUUCACUGUUGGGAAGAUACGUUGAAAGAUUCUAUCAGAAAUCUUGUAAGCAAGCGUAAGAGAAAUGGGAAAAAACCUGAUUACAUUGGUUUGUCCGACUGGAACCGUAUGCUAGAUAUUUGGGAGACAGAGCGAGCUAAGGAGAGGAGCCAAACGAACUCAAAGAACCGGAAAUCUGAUCCUGAGGGAUUAGGCACUCACCGCCAUGUUUCAGGAGCAAAAAAACAUACCCGGGUUGCUUAUGAAAUGUCAAUUGAGGCUGGCGGAGUAGCACCACCAGCAACUGAGGUGGUGCGAAGGACUCACACCCGGAAAGAUGGCACAUUCAUUGACAAAAAGGCUGAGGCUUUACUUCUCCGUGCUCAGAAUUUGGCUACUCAGCGAUGUAGUGCAAAUGAGACAGAGUCAACCGUCACAGGACCAUCCCACAAUGAGCUUACUGCUGCUUAUAUAGAAAUGGCAACUAACAGCAAAGGGCGAAUCUAUGGUCUUGGAUCAAUUCAAUAUCUGAAUGUUGAUCCAAAUGAGGCUGCUUCCGCUUCUCUACUUCGAAACUUGGACAUUGAUACACGUAUCACCAAGAUGGAGGACAACGUGGAAGUGAUGAAGCGAGCCAUGGAUGUGCUCUUAAGGCUUAACGGAAUUGACCCGGUGACUCUCGAACCAACAGGACAUGCUCCUUCGCGUGCCGAAGGAGCUUCAUCUGCUGGAAGUCCUUCUCCCCGGUCUAACUCUGUUGCUGGUCCUGCUGAACCAACCAAUCCGAGAUCUCCGAUCAACUUAGCUGACAUGACUCCGCAAUCGGUGGAGGGAUUUGAAUUUGAAGAUCGUCAUUAGUAAGACAAGUCACUAGAAACAAUAUC